AUGGAGCACGAGGGAAAUAGAAGCAGCAAUGCUGCUUCGGCGGCAGCAGAGGAAAGAGCCAGCAGCACGAGCAGCAGCAGCAGCGGGAGCAAUGCUGAUUCUGGACAUAAUGCAGCCACAGUGGACGGCGGACCCUGUACUACUAACGACACUGCAGAAACGCAGAAAACCGAAAGCGAGUUGUUAAAGGAGAAGGCGAGCGAGGGCCUACGUGUGCUGAUUGAACAGAAGCCUCCAUCGACACCGGACGGUGCUCUUCUACAGCAACAUGAAGAAAAACAUGUUGAGUGUGCUCAGCUUCUUGAACAUAUGCAGCGCCUCCUCGUGAAACGACUCUACCACGAAUUCACACUUGCAUCGAUGGCUUACCUCGCGCCGCUCGCGCUGUUAGAGACCAGCAGCAGCACCGUUGAGAUGGCGAGCGACCGUGCAAAUAGUGCAGGUCCACUAGCAGCUGCUGCUGCGCUCUCCUUCCCUCCCUUUCCUGCCGGCUACCCCACUUUCGCUCCAUUUGAGCGUGUCACGUUUUUUCAUCGGCUGCUGCGCAGCAGAUAUCGCACUGUAAAUGUGAGGUUCUCUGCUACUGUACAAAUGGAAGAAAAGAAGAAGGAGGAGGAGGAUAACGACGACGACGAGGUGGCUGAUGCACUACUAGUAGUAGUAAUAGUAGUAGUGGCAAUACGACUAGCCAAAGAGCAACAGGAGGUGGAUCUGCAGCAGAAGGGAGUGGGGGUUCUCGUGCUGCUGGUGGUGGUAGUAGUGGUACUACAACUGGUGCUACUGCAAGCAGCAUCCCUUGCAGGUGCAGCAAGUGCGUUAGAAGCAGAGUUGCUAUUCAGAUCAUGUGAAAGCUAUCAUUAUUCUCGCUACGACCACUUAACCGAGAGCGAAGAAAUUCUCGAAGACCUUAAGAAGAAACUCUCCGUUACCAUGGGUGUCAGUCCUGUUGCCCAGGCUGCCUUCCAUCGUGCAGCUGCUACACUCGCUAAGGCACAGGACAAGUAUGCCGAUUUUUACCACCAGGCAAUGAUGUUUCUGGCCUACACACCUGCAGCCAGCAUUCCCGAAAAUGAACGGGUUGGUCUCGCGUAUGAAGUGGCAAUCGCAGCUCUUGUUGCUCCGGACAUUUUCAAUUUUGGGGAGCUCCUUCAGCAGGCAUUGGUAAUUUCUUCUUUGCAACUACCGGAACAUCGGUGGCUGUAUGACCUCGUGGACGCAUUUCACUGCGGGUCAAUGGCGAAAUAUGACGAUACUUGCAAUCGCUUUGGGCAUCAAAUACAAUCUACUGCGUUGGCUGCACACAUGCCUGCUCUAAGACGGAAGAUCUCCAUAUCGGCAUUGCUGCGCUUGGCUUUCACGCAUUCAGCAGCAGGAGCAGCUACAGCCGCAACAGCAGCAGAAGGGCCUGACAGCAGCAACCCCCUGUGUGCUGUGGAGAAUAAUACUACCAGAACAGCAGGCUCAGACUUGAAGCCCAUGGCAGCUCGUAGUCUGAGUUUUCAGGCAGUCGCAAGUACAUGCAAAGUAGCACUUGACGAAGUGGAGUUGUUAGUAAUGAGCGCUAUGAGCAAACAACUACUUCGUGGCUCUAUAGAUCAAGUCAACAGAGAAGUUAAUAUAUCUUGGGUCAGACCUGCGCUUCUUCUUGAUGAAACAGGGAUGGCGUGUCUGCAAGAACGACUCCUGCGCUGGGUGGCAAGUGCACAGCAACUUCAUCAGCAUUUACAAGGUCAAACAGCGGAAUUGCUUGGGUCUUGA